GAAUUUGGAUUUCGGAGUCUGAGGAACAAAGGGAAAUUGGUUCAACAAAGAAGCCAAGUCUGACUUAGAAAGUCCUAGUCUAAAUAGAAGACUAAGGGAAAAGCUCUGAAGUUUUUGGGUCUUGGGGUUUCAGUUUUGAUUGCCAAGAAGGUUGAGAGUUUUCCAGGCUGAUUUAUUUUCUGAAGAUAUACAACUUCUGUUUUAGCACAAUUUGGUUGGGAAAAAAAACGUCUGGUAAUCUUUUCUUUCCUGCUGAUAAAGAUUCUGAGAUCUCUUAUCACAGUGAAGAGCUGAUGAAAAGCUUGUAGUAUGGACUCGCACCAGCUUUUUGGAUGCGGUGUCACUGGUGCAGGCCUAUCCUACUCAACUUCUUAUUCCUCUGUUCCUUCUAUACCUAAUAGGUUGUUUGGUUCAAUAAAACCUGAUAUAGGAAAGUCUCCCAACUCACCUCUUUCAACUCAGUUUGAUUGUGAUACAGUCACUUCUUCAUUGAGUGACAGCCAGGAGCAGCACAGCACCACAGAGAAUCCAUCAGGGAUCAGCUCUUCUAGCAACUCUGCACUUGAAUCUAACAGUUAUUUCCAUCAAUUGGGUUCCUCUGUGGACAGUUGGCGUGACAGUCUACCAAUCCGUCCUAUUGGAACUUUGUUUUCACAGGAUGCAAUUUCUAGCCAGAACAUAAAGUACGCUUUGCAGGAAUUAGAGAUUGCACUUAUGGCACCUGAUGAUGAGGAAGAAGUGACCACUCCAAAUAUGUCAUAUGGGGAAAUUGGCAGGCCACAGACCACAGGUCAGAGAUCUAGGGCGUGGAGUCAGGAACGCCAAGGAUCACAAGUGGUUCGGCCCCAACCAUCCACAUCCACUGUUUAUAGGUUUGGGCAGUCAAGUGAAGUUGCUCAUAUUGAGAAACGUCAGAAAGCAUUGGAGGAAUUGUCUCUGCUGUCUAUUUCUCCAGGCAAUCUGAAGCAUUUAUUGAUUGCCUGUGCAAAAGCUAUCUCCGAAAACAAUAUGGUUGAAUUUGAUAGGUUGAUUGAGAUAGCUAGAGGUGCUGUGUCCAUCACAGGGGAACCAAUCCAGCGACUUGGUGCUUACAUGGUAGAAGGGUUGAUAGCUAGAAAGGAGGCAUCUGGGUCAAACAUAUAUCAUGCCCUUAGGUGUAGAGAGCCUGAAGGCAAGGACUUGCUUUCAUACAUGCAUCUUCUGUAUGAGAUCUGCCCCUACUUGAAGUUUGGCUACAUGGCAGCCAAUGGUGCCAUUGCUGAUGCCUGCAAAUCUGAGAAUCACAUCCACAUUAUUGAUUAUCAUAUUGGUCAGGGAACACAGUGGUUAACCCUCUUGCAAGCACUUGCAGCCAGACCAGGCGGGGCUCCUCAUGUCCGCAUUACAGGAAUUGACGAUCCUGUUUCUAAAUAUGCUCGUGGUGACGGAUUGUGUGCAGUUGGAAGGCGUUUGGCAGCACUUUCUGAAAAGUUCAGUAUCACGGUGGAGUUUCAUGGACUGCCUGUUUUCGCGCCAGAUGUCACAAUGGACAUGCUUGAUGUUAGGCCUGGAGAGGCACUGGUUGUGAACUUCCCUCUGGAGCUUCAUCACACCCCUGAUGAGAGUGUUGACGUAAACAAUCCCAGGGAUGGGCUUCUUAGAAUGAUCAAAUCACUCUCUCCUAAAGUUGUAACUCUGGUAGAGCAAGAAUCAAACACUAACACAGCUCCUUUCCUCCCAAGGUUCAUAGAAGCUUUGGAUUACUACUUGGCAAUGUUUGAGUCCAUGGACGGGACCCUACCAAGGGACAGUAAGGAGAGAAUUAACGUUGAAGAGCACUGCUUGGCAAGGGAUAUUGUGAAUGUCAUUGCUUGUGAGGGCAAGGAGAGGGUGGAGCGCCAUGAACUCUUGGGUAAGUGGAAGUCUCGGUUUACAAUGGCAGGGUUCAGACAAUACCCAUUAAGCUCGUAUGUCAAUUCUGUGAUACGGACCCUGCUAAAGUCAUACUCAGAUCAUUAUACACUGGUGGAGAAGGAUGGUGCAAUGUUGCUGGGCUGGAAGGAUAGGAACCUCAUAUCAGCUUCUGCUUGGCACUGAGACAGAGGGUAAGAAACGCACACACAUAUACAAGUAGUUGCAGGACUUACUAUUUUGUUGUAUUCUUUUCCGUAGGUUUGAUCCUCAUUUCUUUGUAUACCAUUUCCUUUGAUGCAGUUACUGUCAAUCCUUUCUAUGAAAUCUCAGGGAGUGCAUUCUGUUCUAUUUUAUGAUUCAUCAUUCAUGUAUGUAGCAUUACAAAUCAGCAUCCUCAGCUGUAUUCAUAAUAGAGUUAUCUGAUACAAUAUAUAAAUGACCAGCUAUUUC